CCGAAAACUUGCAUCAACCAAUAGUUUGUCAAUGAACGGGUGUGUUUAUCGUUUAAGUUAGGAUUUAAAAUUUAGCAUUCUAAACAUUCACUCUUCUUUAAGAUUUCAUCUAUUGCAUUUGAUAUUUAAAGAAAGUCGAAUUAAACUAGAAAGACCACAAUCCAAUUCAUUGUGAUAACUCUAACUAAAUAAUUCAAGACUACUUUUGAAAUAAAAAUUGAGCCUAAACAUCUGCAUUUUCAUAAUUGAAUUCACCCCCAGUAAAAAAAUAAUAAAUUUUUAAAGUUAAAGAUCAAAUUUUAUAAAAUUACCAAGAAAACAGAAAAAGCAACAAUUAAAGGAACAAUUCAAUAUGGUUAAAGCUGUUUCAGUUUCAUAACUGUCAAGUUACUCUCAGGUGCUUAAUACAUAGGAACUUUUAUCCAUAUGUAAUAAAUGGGGGAGAUGAGAAAGGAAGAAGGGGGUGGGAGAAAGGUAGUCUUAACAAACAGAUUUGAGAUUUAUUCAAAAAAUAAAGAACAUACCAACUCAUUUACAUCAAAUAAACGAGGGAAUCUGUUUAAAAUACUAGUAGCAUCAGGAUUGCAGAGGCAGAGACGCAUUAAAAGCGGUUUGUUAAAAAGUUUGUAAUCCAGUUUAGCAAUCCAUACUGUAUACCAUAAAAAUGCAGUUUGAAAAAUUUCUCCAAAUUACAAUUGAAAAUCAUACAGUGGUUGCAAGUGCUUGUGAAUUGGGCAACAGCUUCUGCAUUAAAAACACUUUUGGAGUUGUUGGUUAGUAUCAGAUACGAGCUGGUCUAAAGCAUUUGCCGAACACGUUUCUACAAAUAGUUCAUGGGAUAAAUCUCCAAAAUUAAUUGCGAUUGACCAGUUUAUGAGUGGUAGAUUAAAGUCACCUGCUAUAAUACAUGUAGAGUUGCACUUAGAAGUAUUUAGUCUGGAUUGCUCAGCCCAAGCUUGAUUCUUACUGUUCCUACUAUAGUCUGUAGAUUCUCUAAACUGUUUUUUUCAAAACAAAAAGGAAUAGUAGUCAACUUAAACAUUUAGUCUAAAGUUCACAAAAUGGAAGUGUGCUGUGAAAUCAACAAUCUACGUGAAAGGUGGUUCAAUCUAUAAGUCAAGAAUGCAUUGUCAAUAGUUCACAUAAACAAUUUCAAAGAGUAGAGAUUCUGCUGUUAUGCUUGCCUAUUGCUCUGUUUAAAUCACACUAAAUAACUAAGGAUCAGUGUAAAGGAUCACCAAAGGAUCUACAUCAAAGGACAUCAAUUAAGCAUCAUUGUAGAUACGAAGCUAUGGAUUUUGAUUUGUCUGAACCAGUGAGAAAAAAAUCUAAAAAAGAGACAUUGAAUUCACCAGAAACUGCUGACAAGAAAGAUUCUUCAAAUCUACCUGAUAUUGCAAGCAAAGUUUUUGUCAAGAAAGAUUUGUCAAAGGUGUCUGCUGAACUUAAAAAGUUUUAUCUUAAAUAUUAUGGGAAAAUUAGUGAACUUCAACCGCUAUUGAAAAAACCUGCAAAUGUUGAUCUAAUGCAUAAAUUUGUUGAUCUAUGUAUUGUUGAUGCAGUGAAUGCUCAAAUGGAUGCUGCUUUUAGUGUUGAGCGAAAGGAAUUUCUUAAAAAGCAAACAAGUUAUACACCAAUUCCAUAUAGUGAAAUAUUUAUGAAAGAAAAAUCUGUGAUAUUAAUAUCUGGAAUAGCUGGUAUUGGUAAAACAUGGUUGCUUAGGAAAAUUUUGCUUGAUUGGUCAAAUAACUCAAUUUGGAAAAAUGUUGAACUUGUCUUUUAUUUUGAAUGUAGGAGGCUUAAUCAAUAUCCAACUAUUUGUAAUAUUAAUGAAUUACUAAAUGUUUUCUACAAAGACAUUAUAAAUGAUUUUAAUAUUAGUAAUAAUACUGCAGUGUUUAUGAUUGAUGGAUUAGAUGAGUUUAAAUAUUUCAAUGAAUUAUUAAAUCCAACUUUGACAUUAAACUAUCCAAUUGUUAAUACUUUAGCAGAAAUUCAAAAAUACAAACAUUUAGUUGCUGGUAGAGUUUAUGCAAUCGAUCAAUACCAAAGUAUAUAUACAGAGCAUAGUGAUGAGCUAACUAUUCAAAUAAUGGGAUUUAACAAAAUCGGAAUCGAUAAUUAUGUAGAAAAUCAUGUUAUGGAAGAAAAAAAAGAAGUUGUAAAAGCAACAUUAAAAGAAUCUCCAAUUGCAAAAGCCAUGGCAUCUGUUCCAUUUUAUUUGUCUUCCAUGUGUAAAAUUAUGAGUUAUUUAGAUAAAACAAAUACAAAUUCAUUCAUAACAAUGACAGAUUUGUAUGCAAAUAUUUUUUUAUCUUUUUUGCGAAAACACAUCAUCAAAAAUAAUAAGUUAGUAUAUGAGAUAAUGGAAAACGAAUCCAAUAAAAAAUAUAUUUUAAAUAUUUGUAAAAUUGCAUAUGAAUUGUUUAUUGAAAAUAAAGUAAUUUUUUCCAAAGAAGAAAUUCAAACUUUUAUCAGCGACUUUGAUAAAAAUGAAGACAAUUUUUUUGGAUUUAUAGAACGGUUUGAAACAGAUCUGGGUUGUUAUUAUCAGUUCGCACACUUGACACUAAUGGAGUUUUGUGCAUCUGUAUAUGCAUAUAAUUGUUUAAGUUGUGAAGAAAUUAUGGCCAAUGAAGAACUGGAAAGUUGUUUAUCAAUGAUCUGUGGAUUAACCAAUAAAAGCCAAAAUAGUUUAAUAAAGUUUCUUGUUAAGCUGAAUCCUUUAAAAAAAUCUAAUGAGGAAUCUUUACUUUUGUUUUCUAUUUUAGAUCGUCUAUGUGAAAGUAAUAAAGAAAGUUUAUUCAUUGAAUGUUUUUAUGAAAGUCAAUCAUCAUUUACUGAUGAAAUAAAAUCAAUCUUUGAUAAACAAUUGUUGACUAUCUUUGGGUGGGUGAUUUCGAUUAAAGAUGGAAAAACUUCUUACGAAACUUCUUGCGAAAAUUAUUUCGUAAAUCAUUACAUAAAAUCUGGAAGUAAGUUAACGGAGUUACUUGUUGAUAAAAAUAUUUUAAGUGAUGAAGAAAAAAAUCUUUUAAUUCUUUGUUCAACUAAUGUUCGCCAAGUCUGGUUUUAUCGUCCAAUUAAAUUCGAAGGAUGGAAACCGAAAGAUAAGAUUGAAGAGUUGUUGAUAUCGAUCUCACAUUAUUUUAUAACAAAGAAAGAUUUUGAAGAAAACUUUCUUCCAUGGAUUAAUCUUUGUGAAGGCUUAUGGCUUACACUUCACGACGACAUUGAUUUUAUUGAUGAUGUUUAUGAAUGGAUUCGUUGUUCGAAUGUCAAGAAGUUUUGGAUCAAGUACCGUGGAAAAGUUUUUCGUAACCUCAAUGAAUUAAAAAACUUUAUAACACUUAAAAAUGUUUAAUAUCUUAAAUAUGUAAAAUAG